AUGCUGAACACACAAUGGAAAAACCAAACAGUUGUCACAUUCUUCAUCCUCCUGGGAUUUGGUGAUCUCCCACAAAUUCAGACUCUCCUCUUCAUAGUGUUCCUAUUCAUCUACAUUGUGACAAUGACUGGAAACCUCCUAAUUAUUGUGCUGCUUGCAGCUGUUCCGCACCUCCAAACACCCAUGUACUUCUUCCUAGGAAACCUGUCAUUCCUGGAAAUCUGUUAUACCUCAACCAUUAUGCCCCGGAUGUUGGCCAGUUUUCUGACCGGAUACCAAGCCAUUUCAAUUGUAGGAUGCAUGGUUCAGCUGUAUAGCUUUGGCACAUUGGUGGCCACAGAGUGCUAUCUAUUAGCUGUGAUGUCUUAUGAUCGCUACAUAGCAAUAUGCAAACCACUGCAUUACCCUGUUCUCAUGAAUGCAAGAAUUUCCAUUCAGCUGGUUACAUGUUCCUGGGCAUGUGGGCUGCUUGGAAGUACUGUGGUCAUUAUAUUAACAUUCAAUUUAACCUUUUGCAAAUCCAAUGGAAUCAAUCAUUUCUUUUGUGAUUUUUCACCCUUGGUAAGUCUCUCUUGUAGUGACACAAGCCUUGUAGAGAUAGCACUUCUGGUGGUGUGUUGUAUUAUAUCUAUAUUCCCAAUUGUUUUAACCUUAACUUCCUAUGUCUGUAUCAUCAUCACCAUCCUGAAGAUCCCAACUACUAUGGGGAAACAAAAAGCAUUUUCUACUUGUUCCUCCCACCUAAUAGUUGUUACUGUAUUUUAUGCCAGUCUCCUUGCUGUCUAUUUGGUUCCUCGCAGUGAGUCUUCAAAGAAUUGGAACAAAAUCUUCUCCCUUUUCUACACUGUUCUGACUCCCCUGUUUAAUCCCCUCAUCUACACCCUAAGAAAUAAAGAAGUAAAUAUGGCUUUAAGGAAAUGUCUGUGCAAACUGAUCACCUUUACAAGAUUGGAAUGAUUGUAAAAUGCAUCACUUUAGAAGGCAAACAAGCUCCCCUAUUCACUCAAAAAAAGACAGUUUGCUGCAUAUUUUCAUCUCAGAAUGUUUACAGUGGCUUUGUUUUUUCUUGUUUUACUGAAGCCAGUUUGGUCAUUUCAUUCUUACUUG